AUGGAGGAGAAGAGGGGCACUCCGGAUUACGCCAACGAGGCCGUUUUUCGACGAAACACGCUCCCUCCGCGGUCCUAUUACAUCCCCGAGACAGCCCUCGCUCUCAACGGCCGCUGGGAUUUCCACUACGCUUCGACCCCACUGAAAGCUCCGGAACCGACAUCUUCCCCUGACGAGCAGUGGACCACCAUCCAGGUCCCCGGUCACUGGCAGUUGCAGGGCCACGGCAUCCCUCACUACACCAACGUCCAGUUCCCCAUUCCCGUCUGCCCUCCCCAUGUCCCUACCGACAAUCCGACCGGCACCUACCGGCGAACCUUCCAAGUCCCCUCCAACUGGGACGACCACUCGCAAGUUCGGCUGCGCUUCGAUGGCGUUGACAGCGCCUUUCAUGUCUGGGUCAAUGGAGUAUUGGUUGGCUAUGCCCAAGGAUCCAGAAACCCUCACGAAUUUGAUGUGACCGAUUUUGGCGUGACCAAGGACCAUCCCAACGAGCUUGUUGUGAGGGUGUACCAGUGGUCUGAUGGCUCCUACAUCGAGGACCAGGACCAAUGGUGGCUUUCCGAAGCUCGGAUUGAGGACUGGUUCCUCCGCACUGACCUGGACGGCGAAUACAAAAACGCAACACUGGACGCUGAUAUCCAUGUUGUCACCUCGACAGCCGCCACGGUCGCCAUGACCCUCCGGGAACUGCCCCAAAACGGAGGAGACACGCUUGCCGAUGCGGGACAGGAUGUGAGCGGCGACGGCAAGAUCAAUCUCAGCAUCCCCGUCAAGAACCCGGCCAAGUGGACGGCUGAGACGCCCUAUCUCUACUCGGUCGAGUUGUCCAUCAAGACACCCUCCAAGACGUACACGGUGACUCAGAGAGUAGGAUUCCGCAAAGUCGAGCUGAAGAACGGCCUGAUGUGCGUCAACGGCCAGCCCAUCCAGCUCCAUGGCGUCAACAGACACGACCACCAUCCUCACUUCGGCCGGGCCGUCCCCCUGGACUUCAUUCGGAAGGACCUGCUCCUCAUGAAGACGCACAACAUCAACGCCCUCCGCUGCAGCCACUACCCCAGCGACCCGAGGCUGUUUGAUAUUGCCGACGAGCUCGGCCUGUGGGUGAUGGACGAGGCAGAUCUCGAGUGCCACGGGUUCUACGACGCCGUCGCGCGGCCCCAGAAUAUCCCCGAGGCGAUGGACUACGGAGAGCGCAAGAAGCUCACGUUCCCCAAGGCCGCAAAGUACACGAGCGACAAUCCAUCGUGGCAGACCGCCUAUGUCGAUCGCAUGGAACAAAUGGUGCAACGCGACAAGAACCACCCGUCCAUCAUCAUCUGGUCCCUCGGCAACGAGGCCUUUUACGGCCGGAACCACAAGGCCAUGUACGACUACGCCAAGAAGAUUGACCCCGGACGCCUGGUGCACUAUGAAGGCGAUGCCGAUGCCGAGACCGCCGACAUGUAUUCGUACAUGUAUCCGUCCGUCGACACGCUGAUCAAGCAUGCCAAGACCGAGGGCGUCAAGCCUGACGGGACCUUCGACAAACCCGUGGUCCUUUGCGAGUACGCGCACGCCAUGGGGAACGGGCCGGGGUGGCUGGAAGACUAUGAGGAGGCCUUCCGCACCUACCCCCGGCUGCAAGGAGGUUUUAUCUGGGAGUGGGCAAACCACGGCCUGUGGAAGGAGGACCCCGAUGGCAAGUCAUACUACGCCUACGGCGGCGACUUUGGGGAUGUGCCCAACGAUAGCACAUUCGUCAUGGACGGCUUGCUACACAGCACCCACGAACCAACCCCUGGUUUGACCGAGCUCAAGAAGGUCAUCGAACCGGUCAAGGUGCUGGAGCAGUUUGCGGAGAGCGCAAUGGUCCGCCUCCCCAAGGUAGUACGGGACUACCAGUGUGAACGCGGCGCUGAGAUAUACCUGACGGUGUCCUUCACUCUCAAGACCGAGACGCCCUGGGCCAGCGUCGGCCACGAGAUAGCCUGGUUCCAAUACCGAGUGGAAGCCAACGAGCCCCUGCCCACAUCCCCCAGCCCAGCGCGGCAGCUCGACAUCAAAACCACCCCCAGCACCAUCACCAUCACCGGUGACAGCUCCACCUUCAUCUUCGACCAAGCGUUCGGCCACUUGACGCACUGGACCUCCAACGGCACCACCCUCCUCUCCCCCGACCCCACCACCGGCGCCGCCGUCACCCCCUCCUUCUGGCGGCCCCCCACCGACAACGACGUCUACUCCACCCUCCCCUACUGGCAACGCUUCGGCGUCGACGCCCUCACCACCCAACUCCGCAACACCACCCAUCGCCCUGCCCACCGCCACCACCCCCUCCCUCACCAUCACCUUUCACCACCCUUCACACGCCCCCCGUCCUCGACUGGGGCAUCCUCGCCACCACCACCUACACGAUCCACCCCAGCCCCCAUCCACCCCAUCCUCCCGAACACCAUCCCCCCGCGACCCCAAAACAGCGCCCCCACCCCCACCCUGUCCAUCCACACGCACCUCUCCCCCUCAGGAGCCCACCCCCCCACGCACCUCCCCCGCGCCGGCCUCAACCUUCACCUCCCGCCCACCUUCACCGACGCGCUCUGGAGCGGGCUCGGACCAGGCGAGUCGUACCCGGACAAACGCGCCGCCCAGCGCAUGGGCGUGUGGGGCCCGCUUGGGGUGCGCGAGAUGCAGCUGGGCGCCGGGUAUGAGGUGCCGCAGGAGGGAGGGAAUCGGAUGGGCACGAGCUGGGUGCAUGUUUUCGAGGGAAAGGGACGGUUACUUAUGCUGCGGGGUGGAGGGAUCCGGGUGGUGAGGGAGGGUGUGUUGAGGGUGGGGGAGGGGGGUGGUGUGGAUGGGGAGAAGGGGGGGUUUAGUUUUAGGGUGGGGAGGGUUGCGGAUCGGGUGGUGCAGGCCGCGAGGCAUCCGUGUGAUUUGGUCGAGGAGGAGGCGACGCUGUUGAGGCUGGAUGGGCGGGUGGCGGGGGUGGGCACGGCGGCGUGUGGGCCGGGGGUCAGGGAGGAUUUGGUGGUGCCCGUGCAGGAGAUGGAGUUUGGGUUUCGUUUGGAGGCGGUGGGGGUGUGA